UCUCUUUAUCCCCUUUCUAUUGAUUCCCCACCUUUCUUGUGUUCACAAGCUUCCCCAAGUUUAGCUUCUCUCUUCCUUUUUCCUCUGAGAGGAUCCUGGUUUCUCUCCUGUUCGUUCCUAGCUAGCGAAGCUGCAGUUCACAGCUAGCGUCUUCAACAAGAGAUCGAUCAUGGUGGAGCGUUGUACUGUCAAAUCGGAGCAAGGAGGCGACCUGUUCCUGCCUCCCGGGUUCAGGUUCCAUCCCACAGACGAGGAGGUCAUCACAAGCUAUCUCCUGCACAAGUUUCUGAACCCUAGCUUCGACCCGCGAGCCAUCGGUGAGGUGGACCUCAACAAGUGCGAGCCAUGGGAUCUCCCAAGCAAGGCGAAGAUGGGGGAGAAGGAGUGGUACUUCUUCUGCCACAAGGACAUGAAAUACCCGACGGGCAUGCGCACCAACCGCGCCACCAAGGAGGGCUACUGGAAGGCCACCGGCAAGGACAGGGAGAUCUUCAAGCCAGCUGCUGCUGCUGCUGGAGGUGCAGGCCGUGAGCUGGUGGGGAUGAAGAAGACGCUGGUGUUCUACAUGGGUAGGGCUCCAAGGGGAUCCAAGACCAACUGGGUGAUGCACGAGUUCCGUCUCGAGGGGAAGUCCAGGAACAGCAACUCUAACCUACGCUUCAAUCCCAAGGAUGAAUGGGUCGUGUGCAAGGUGCACCACAAGAACGGAGAAACCAGUAUCAACAAGCCCGCGGAGGAGUACUCCGUCGCAACGCCCAACGUCAGCUCCGUCGUUUCGGAUGGCACCGGCGAAGGAGAUGAGUUUCUGGAGUCCAUGAUCAAUCCCAUGUGCUUCAACUCCGCCUCCAGCUUGCCAGGCACGACGACGACCAUCAACGCCGCACCGCCGCACAACGCUGACUACUCAGUUUCCUCUACCGCCGCGGGUGCUACAACAACGACGACUACGAGUAGCUUCGUCGACCUUCCUAACUACGGCUUCAACGACGCAACAGCAAGCUACAACCUGCACCAAGUGGCCGUGGCCAAUUCAGCAGCUUCAGCAAACAGCAGUAGCAGUUACAGCUCCUUGUGGAACAUGCUGCUUCACGCAGACCAUAAUCAAGCAAUAAUGGGAAGCUACAACUUGCAUCACCAGGCAUUGGCGGCGAAAGCUCUAGGAGGAAACUUCGCUGGUGGUUUGCCGAGUUCGUCGUCGGUGACCGGAAUUUUACAGCAUAAUUAUUCUCAAGGUGUGCCGCAGCAGAAGCUAGGCAACAGCUACGGUGAUAGUAGUACUGCUGCUAUUGGACCAGCGGCUACUAAGAACUUGGGUGCUCCGCCAGCAAUGCGCUACUAAAUGGAUACUAGUUGUUUAGUGAUCGUUAUAUAUGUAUAGGAGUUUUGUGGCAGUUUAAUUUAGUUGGUUGCUUAAUUCAUUAAUUAGCUCGUAAACUGAGAGAGAUCACGAUGUUUGCUUUAAUUUAGGUGAUGUAAACAGGACAGUGCUUUAAGCUUGUUGGUGAGAAUUUGUUCCUUGUUGGUGCUGAUACUUUUAGUUUAUCCAUAUAUAUGACACAUAGUUUUCAGACUUGCUACGGUUUA